GCAACCUUCAUCAGCGCCAUGAUGGAGUUCCUCACGGCGGGUUAUAAUGGCUAUGCCGUUAAAUACUCGCCUUUCGUCAAUGAUCGUCUUGCGGUCGCAACCUCUGCCAACUUUGGCUUGGUCGGUAAUGGACGCUUGUAUAUCCUUGGUCUCACUGCCAACGGCAUCGUCCUUCUCAAGCAAUUCGACACCCAAGACGCGAUCUACGAUACCGCUUGGUCCGAGUUGAAUGAAAAUCAAGUUGCAGUUGGCUGUGGAGAUGGUUCAGUCAAGCUGUUCGACCUUUCUGGUGCUGGCAAUGGCCCUGUCCAAAACUGGCAUGAACAUAGUCGUGAGGUUUAUGCUACUUCAUGGAACCUGAUCACAAAGGAUACCUUCGCCACAAGCUCUUGGGAUGGUAGCAUUAAGCUGUGGUCUCCUCAACGUCCAAGCUCGAUCCUCACUCUGCCUACUCACUCUUGCACCUACUCGACAGCCUUCUCCCCUCACUCUCCGUCUAUCAUCUCCUCUGUCACCUCAGACAGCCACAUCCGCAUCUUCGAUCUUAGAACCCCCGCUUCUGCUUCUAACCACUUGGUUCAAUUGAUCCCGAUUCACGGGGCUGCUCCGGUCCCUGGCUCAACCUUCGCCACGAACCGCCCACCUCUAACCCAACCGUCCGAGUGCCUUACCCACGACUGGAACAAAUACCGUGAUACCAUUCUGGCAACUGGAGGAGUUGACUCGAUCAUCCGCACCUUUGAUAUUCGCAAUCCACGUCAACCCGUUGCUCUCUUGAGAGGCCAUGAGUACGCUGUUCGCAAGCUUGCCUGGUCCCCGCACCUUAGUGAUGUCCUCAUUAGCGGUAGCUACGACAUGUCCGUUAAAGUUUGGUCCGAUGGCACUGCAGUUGGCUCGUAUGGUUCUCACCCUGGCAUUCGCGGCCCCCGUGAGCUCGGAUCCAUGGAGGCACACACUGAGUUCGCUACUGGCGUAGAUUGGUGUUUGUUUGGAGCCGAAGGCUGGGUUGCAUCUACUUCCUGGGACUCCCGGGUCUUGGUUUGGGAUGUCCGCACAGUCAUGGCACCUCACAGCUACGGACCAUAAAGCAAGAUUCCUCGUUCUUCUGGACAAUGCAUAACUGGCGUUUGGAGAUGUUGCAUAUGGGACAAAAAUGGCGUUAAUAAUGAUGAGAUGAUACCAUAGGCGUUCUGGCGUUCAAUGUAGAUGGCAAUCAUGGAACGAUCACCCUUUUACAUAAGGGCGGCAAGCUGCAUACAUGGUUCAUUAUACAUUAGAUAGAAAAUAAUUCG